AGCCGGAAACCACUAGAGGCCGCUGUGCGUCAAAUUAUAAUUGCGACAGUCGUUUCUUCUUGACGGCUGACGGUGACAUGUCAACAACAAACAUGGCAGCCAGCAGCAACUACUGGGAAGAUCUGCGUAAACAGGCCAGACAGCUGGAGAAUGAGCUGGACCUCAAGCUGGUCUCUUUCAGUAAACUAUGCACCAGCUACAGCAGCAGCAGCAAUCGAGACCAGCGGACAAGAGACAGCAGGUCCGAUUCUGUUGGCUCACCUCAAGACAAUAUGCUCGUUGCCAUGACUACUGAGCUGGAGCAGCUAUUGGCCAAUCUUUCAGCAGUCAAUGACAAAAUGGCAGAAUAUACAAACAGUCCGGGAGCUUCGUCACAUAACGCAGCAUUGAUGCACACCUUACAGAGACACAGAGAUAUUUUACAGGACUACUCUCACGAGUUCCACAAAACCAAAAGCAACUUCUUCAGCCUGCGAGAGCGAGAGGACCUACUAGGCUCCGUUCACAGAGACAUUGAGUCCUAUAAGAGCAGCUCGGGAGUGAAUAACCGAAGGACUGAGCUCUUCCUGAAGGAACAUGAACAUCUCAGAAACUCAGAUAGUCUUAUUGACAGUGCAAUAAGCAUCGCCAUGGCUACCAAAGAGAACAUCACAUUUCAGCGUGGGAUGUUGAAGUCGAUUCAAACCAGGGUCACAACUCUGGCCAAUCGUUUCCCCGCCAUCAACAGUCUCAUCCAGAAAAUCAAUCUGCGCAAGAGGCGGGACUCUUUAAUUCUAGGCGGCGUGAUUGGCGUCUGCACCAUACUCCUGAUGCUCUACACUUUCCACUGAUGGUCAACUGACUGUUAAAAAAUAUUCAUUGUAUCUCAGACCAAGUGUUUAUUUUAUUUUUUGUUUUCUAUGUUAUAUUGUAAUUUCCCUUUCUUUACGGUUUCAAGAAUUAAGAAAGAAUUUUAUUCUGAAAAGACAUCUAUAUCACAUUAAGUCUUAAUUGAAAGUAAAAGGGUUUGAACUCAGAUUAGAGAGCUUAUUUAUUUUCUGAAUUAUGAUCACAUUUCCAUCUUGCUGCUUCUAUACUGUUCUAAUUUUAACACUUAAUAAAUGUAUGAAGUAGUAUUUUACUGGGAUUGUGUACUGUUGUUGUCAUACUUCUUUAUAUAGCCUAACGGCUCUGCCUAAUAAAAUAAAGGUGGUGAGCUGGA